AUGAAGAAGCUCCUCAGAGUUGGUGUGGUUUUGCUGUUCUUGGUGGGAACCUUAGUGUACCCAAAUGAGUCGUGCAGGGUUCUAAUUAAGGGCAAAGAGGAAAGCGUCCUUGUUCUCCAAACCUUGCAAAAGGCUCCAGAGCGGCCUCCCGGGAAUCCUGAGGGCCACACUCCAGGCAGCCCUAAACCUGCUGCAGAUGCCACCAAUAGUCGGGCCUUUGCUGGACGAGCCCUGGCCCCUCCGCAUGUGGUUAAUCAGGUCACAUUCCAAAGUCAUGGCCAAGAGGAAAGCGUACUUGUUCUCCAAACCCUGCAAAAGGCUCCAGAGCGCCCUCCCGGGAAUCCUAAGGCCCACACUCCAGGUAGCCCUAGAUCUCCUGCAGAAGCCACCAACACUAGGGCCUUCACCUUUGUGCAAAAGGCUCCAGAGCGCCCUCCCGGGAAUCCUGGGGCCUACACUCCAGGCAGCCCUAGACCUACUACAGACACCACCAACACUAGGGCCUUCGCCGUGCAAAAGGCUCCAGAUCGCUCUCCCGGGAAUCACGGGGCCUACACUCAGGCAGCCUUAGACCUGCUACAGACACCAUCGACACUAGGGCUUUCGCCGUGCAAAAGGCUCCAGAGCGCCCUCCCGGGAAUCCUAAGGCCCACGCUCCAGGUAGCCCUAGACCUCCUGCAGAAGCCACCAACACUAGGGCCUUCGCCUUGCAAAAGGCUCCAGAGCGCCCUCCCGGGAAUCCUGUGGGCUACACUCCAGGAAAGUGUCCUUGUUCUCCAAACCCUGCAAAAGUCUCCAGAGCGCCCUCCCGGGAAUCCUGGGGCCUACACUCCAGGCAGCCCUAGACCUACUGCAGACACCACCAACACUAGGGCCUUCGCCGUGCAAAAGGCUCCAGAUCGCUCUCCCGGGAAUCUUGGGGCCUACACUCCAGGCAGCCCUAGACCUGCUACAGACACCAUCGACACUAGGGCCUUCGCCGUGCAAAAGGCUCCAGAGCGCCCUCCCGGGAAUCCUAAGGCCCACACUCCAGGCAGCCCUGGACUUGCUACAGACACUACCAACACCAGGGCCUUCGCCGGUCGAGCCAUGGCCCCUCCACAUGUGGUUAAUCUAGCCGCAUUCCAAAGUCAUGGCAAACAAGAAAGUGUCCUUGUUCUCCAAACCCUGCAAAAGGCUCCAGAGCGCCCUCCCGGGAAUCCUGGGGCCUACACUCCAGGCAGCCCUAGACCUACUGCAGACACCACCAACACUAGGGCUUUCGCCGUGCAAAAGGCUCCAGAUCGCUCUCCCGGGAAUCCUGGGGCCUACACUCCAGGCAGCCCUAGACCUGCUACAGACACCAUCGACACUAGGGCCUUCACCGUGCAAAAGGCUCCGAGCGCCCUCCAAGGGAAUCCUAAGGCCCACACCCAGUAG